GAUUGUUUAUUAUUUUAGAUCACAGACAAAGGGUUGUUACUUGUUUACUUUACCUAUCAUUUUAAAAAUUAUACAUAUUUAGUAAAGCAAUAACAAUGAGGCGACGGGCUGGUGUCGGUGCUAUCCAGAAGCAACAGUUAGAACGAGAAAAGUAUAGGGAAAAGGGUUCAGAAAUUCAAGAAAAUCAGUUCUUACAAAUGCAAAAGCAACUCGAGGUUUUCAGGGAAAAUCUUGAAGAAUUUGCAUCAAAGCAUAAAAAUGAAAUUAAGAAAAAUGCACAAUUCAGAAGGCAGUUUCAAGAAAUGUGUGCUGCAAUUGGUGUGGAUCCACUUGCUUCAGGAAAAGGCUUUUGGUCUGUGCUAGGUAUUGGUGAUUUCUACUAUGAGCUAGGGGUUCAAAUAGUUGAGGUGUGCUUAGCUACAAACUACAAAAAUGGUGGGCUUAUAACGCUAGAAGAAUUAAGGACAAGGUUAAUAGCUGCACGGGGAAAAGCUAAGAAACAUCAAGAUAUAACAAAUGAAGAUUUGUUAGCUGCAGUGAAAAAACUCAAGAUAUUUGGAAAUGGAUUUAUUGUAGUUUCUAUAGGGAAAGGAAAAUGGUUAGUGCAAUCUAUUCCUGGAGAACUUAAUCUUGACCAGACUUUAGUUCUACAAAAGGCAAGCUCCUUAGGAACUGCCUGGAUAUCUAUAAGCAUGUUAACUGGGGAUUUAGGGUGGAAUGAAACAAGAGCUGAAAAUGCUCUUAAUCACAUGGUUAAGGAAGGUCUGGCUUGGGUGGACAACCAGGACCCUAAAGAAACUCUAUUUUGGUUCCCUAGCAUGUUUUCUGACUGUGUUGAGGCUGCCACUGCAUCCUAAAUGUAAUGGUAAAAUUGUGAUUAUAAUCAAAUGUAGUAAUUUAUAUUAAUAAACAUUUAGUACAUAACUUAAUGUGAGUAUGAAAUUGUAUUUCCUAUUAUUUUACUGUUAUUAUAAGAUUAAAAAAAUUCCAAAUUUUGUAUAGAUGGUUUUAUACCAACUAUUUCUUCAGUACAAUUUAACUAAAUUACUCCUAAUAUAUAAACUUAGACAAGUUGAAAGGUGACAAAUUCAUUUAAACUGAUGUAGUUUUUAUACAUGAAAGGUGUUUAAAUCUACACAAUACAUUUUUAUUUUGCUUAAUUGUAUAAAUGUAAAUAUUUUAAGGUAAUGCACUGUAUUUAUUUAUUACUAUGAAAAUAAAAACUUGAAUUUCA